AUGGAGCUGCGACGUCAUUGCUGCUUUGCUUUCAAUAAAGUUUACUUAGAAAGAGCAAGCGAUGUCGGUAUUAAAAUUCUUGGUCGACAGCUUAUCAUGUAUUUUCCUAUUGGCUGGCCAAGAUGUCUAAAAGUUUGUUACAAUGAUGAGUGUAAACUCUUGGAUGUUGUAGCCAGUUUUGAUAAAUUAUUUUUGGCCGUUCUCAGCGAAAAAACUGUUGGGAUUUGGUUCUGCAAACCACAUGUUGAAAUAGUUGGUUUCAGAAGAACAAGAGCAUGCAUUUCCAAGUUUGGUGAUAAUCAAUUUUGCAAAUGGAAACCAGAUUCAUCUUAUUUAGCUAUAGCUACAUCUCUUGGUUACAUUAUUUUUUUCAAACUGGAGAAGACGACAAAUACUCAAACUUGCUAUGAGCAAAGAUUUAGCUCAAGCAUCUUACCUGAAGAUGGCGAAUCAAAUUUUCAAACCAUUCCCUCAUUGAACAUUUCUAUGUCUCAUUAUAUACAAAUUCCUGGAGGUGUUACAAGCAUGGUUAGUUUGCGUGAAGAGAUUAUGAUAUCUACAAGUAGGGGCUUGUUGCAAAGGAUUUAUUGGUCGGAUGGUCACAUAAAGUCCAAUGCUACCAUUGAACUUGCUUCGUUGCCAUUCUCUGCUGACCUUCAACAUUCCAGAUCCAUACAAUUGAACAAUUCCUCAGUCCAUGUCUCACUGAUCGACUAUAGUCCGCAGAUGGGUGGUUUUGCUGUUGUUCUCUCAGAUGGCAGGGCAGCUUUCCUUGCUGCAAACAGUCUUAAGUUUGAACCUCAUGGCAUUGUGUACAACUUGGAUGCAGUUACGGGGUCUUUAGUUGUCUCUCACAGACUUAUCAUAUCCUCAAAAGAAUUCCCAGAUGCAUCCCAAGUUUGUGGUCCUGUGAUGAAGAUGAGGUGGACAUCGGAUGGAUCUGCACUUGCCAUGUCUUGGUUGAAAGGCGGCUUUGCCAUCUGGAGCGUCUUUGGAUCUCUACUGCUGCAAUCUAUGGGACUCAACAGUGGUGAUCAGAAAUUUUUCAAGUUCACGUCACUGGAAUGGGGUUGUGAGGGUUAUCACCUACUGAUGAUCAGAGAUGAGGGAGAUGAUGAUAUUACGAGUAACAAUGUCACUAACGAACUGCAUGAAACUGAUGACAUGCAUGUGGUACCACCAUCUGCCUCUUCAUCAACGACAACGUUGAUUUCACAGGACGCUUCCACGAUUACUUCAUCAUCUCUUGCUACUGCAUCUUCAUCAGCAACUUCAACUUUGAUGGGAAACCAAGUUCAUCUGCUUUUGCAAGGAGAGGACAGACUUUAUUUGAAUCCUGAAGAUGGGCUAGGUGAAUCAUCGAGUACUGCAUACUUCCAUCAAACACCUUCUGCUAUAGUAGGCAACAGACAGUGGCACGUCAUGACUCUUCCAUCCACCUACAUCGUUAACAACUGGCCCAUUAGAUAUGCAGCGAUGAGUUCAUCCGGCCACUGGAUAGCUGUAGCUGGUAGGAGGGGCAUGGUGCAUUACGCACUGUCAACGAGGAAGUGGAAGAUGUUUGGCAAUGAAAUGCAGGAAAGAGACAUGAUGGUGGCUGGCGGUUUGUUGUGGUGGAGGGAGUUCAUCUGUGCUGCCUGCUACAACAUGCUCGAUCAGAGGGAUGAGGUUCGAUUUUAUCCUCGCGACAGCAAGUUGGACAACGCAUUUGCCCAUGUCGUCAAGACGCCAUCCCAAAUCGUCCUGUUGAAUAUCUUCUAUGAUUACCUCAUUGUUCUUUUUUCAGACUGCAUCAUAGCUAUUUAUCAUAUCACCAAAAAAAUGUCUGCCCAUAAAUCUUUCCUGGAGUUGAAUGUAACGAAGCUUCAAGAGGUGAACAUCAUCAACUUCAUCCCCCAUCCAUCCAAUGUUGCAGCAAUUACUCUCACAUCCUUGCGAACGGACGCUGGUUCAACAAAGAAAAACAGUGAUGACGGUACAGAAGCGGAGAGUAUUCUCAUUAACGUGGCUGGUCGAGUUCUGCUUUUCCAGCGAGAUAGAUCAACUGCUAAUGAUGGAUCCGCUCAGAAAAAUUGGUUGGCCUUCACGGCUCCAGUCAUAGUAGCAUCUUCCGUUGAAAAUAUGUGGUUGUCCUGGAGGUCGAACCAUCAGAAACCUCACUUGACUAACGUUUUGUGGCUUGGAUGUGGAGCUAAUGGUACUCAAAGCUUAAAAGUUUGGCUGCCACUGCAGCAGAGAGAGGACAUGGGAAAGAACAAGGGCUUCCUUUCCAAACGAAUCAUGCUCCCAUUUGCAGCUGAUAUUUAUCCACUAGCAAUGUUGUUUGAGGCUGGAAUUAUAUUGGGAGCUAUCAGCGAGGCUGUGUGCUACUCAACCAAUGGUGAGGAGACUGGUCAACGACAGCUGCCUUAUCUGCAACUUGAACGAACGAGUCAAGUUUAUCUGCAUCAUAUAUUGAGACAGCUUCUUAGAAGAAAUUUAGGAGUCCAUGCAUUAGAGAUAGCUCGUGGUUGUACAGACCUUGUGUACUUUCCUCACGUGCUCGAGUUGCUCAUCCACGAAGUACUCGAAGAAGAAGCUACCUCAAAAGAACCCAUCCCUGGUGAGAUGAAUGCUUGUGUUUGGAGAACUUGGUCAAUGUCAUUAACGACCGCAUCUCAAUUUUUAGAUGCCUUAUUGCCUCGUGUUGUGGCCUUCGUUGAAGAAUUUCCCGAGUAUCUUCAAACAAUUGCUCAUUGUGCUAGAAAGUCAGAUGUUGCCGUGUGGGAGUAUUUCUUUAGUGUGGUUGGAAAUCCGGCUGAUCUCUUUCAGGAUUGUUUGAAGUCACACAAGCUGACCACUGCUGCCUCCUACCUUAUCAUCCUACAAAACCUUGAAAAGCCUAACCAAGCAAGACAACACGCCAUCUCCCUGCUAGAUGCUGCUCUGAAUGAAUCAUCGUGGGACCUGGCAAGGGAUCUUGUCAGGUAUCUUUCUGUCAUUGAUUUGACGUGUGACACGAAGGAAAGUGGCUCUUCAAAGUUGAGAAUACGACAAAACAGUCAAUCCAUAUACCAUUCAGGUGGCUUCUAUAGCACCAGCCCAUCUGCUACUAACGAGGCAGCAGUUGAUCCAUUCUUGCAUGGAGGUGUCGUUAGAGCAAGAAGUCUUUCUAAGGAAGAACAAACGCGAGACCAACAGCAACUACCUAAAGGCAUGGUGAAGGGAAGUGUCGGAAAGGCGGACAAUCACGCUACAAAGAGGGAUUCGGAUAGCAUGGAAAGAUUUAAUGUGGAGAGCAUCCUGGACAGACAUGCCAAGAAAUUAUUAAAGUCAUAUAAGUUGCGGGACCUCGCCAAGUUUUCUGCCAAUCUCGAAGAUUACCAACUUGUAAGCUGGCUCAAGAAAGAAAGAACCUUAUCUGCCCGUGUCGAUGAUUACGUGAGUGCUCUGAAGACCCUGCACGAUGAUUUCAAGUGGCCGUACCCUGUCGUUCCACUUUCCAAUCUUACAAGACUUACCUCAACUAACAGUUUAGCUAGCACUGGCUCAGGAAGUUCUCAACUGGAUUUGGUCAGUGAAAAAUCUUCAGAUGUCAAUAACACAGCGAACAGUAUGAACCAUUCAGAGACGGCUUCAUGUGAGAAAGAAAGUACGGAUUCAUGGAAUGAGGUCACUGGAUCGAGCGUCACCAUGUCCAGUUUCAGUGAAAUGGAUCGCCUCUGUCUUGAUUUGGCCUCCUUGAAAACCGGACCACCGCAAUCAAACAUACAACUUAGAUUUCUGUACCAGCUACUGAUGGAGGCAUAUUGUUAUGAGUGGGCAUCUGUGUGUAGCAUCGUCUUGCAGGAUGUGACACUGUUCAGCAGAGUUGUCUCAAGUGCCUACCUACCAGAUACGCCAGAAGAUUGCAUCAAACGCAUGAACGAGGGUCUCAAAGCUUUCAAAAAGUGGUCGGAGACAGAAUGUUUGGGUUAUGAAGAUCUGUUGAGAAGUUUGCAUGAAGAUAUUCUUCUACUGGAGAGUUUGGAAAAAAAAACAUCGACGUCAUCAUUAUCGUCGUCAGCAUCUAAUCAGGCCAGCAAGCGAUUAAGUAUGGCAAAUCAACUAAGACAAAAUUCUGUUGAGACACAUAACAAGGCUGAGAGCGAUCAGAUGACAUCAAGUAUAUCAGGUAAAACAGAUAAUUCCAACACGAGUGACAACACAAAGAAUGAAAGUCAGAACGACGAUGAGGAGAUUACCGGAGAUGAUGGUAAUGUCAAAUCAUCCAGUUCAGAUAGGACUUGUAUAAUCAUGUAG